AAUGCCAACCCCAGAUAGAAAAAAAAAUAAGCAUAAAAAAAAAGAAAAAGUUAGCAGCCACAGAUCUUCUUCAAAAUACAAGUCUAAAAAAAAAGUUUGACUCCUAUUUAAUUAGAAAUCAUCAAGAACAUCUAGUAGAAACAGAGAAAGAAAAAACUAUAAACGUGAUAACAAAGCGUCACCAUUAAAUAUGCAAAUGUUCGGAUAGGAUUUGAUGAAAAAGCUAUAGGAAUUUAAUAAUGGGAAAAGAACUGAGGAUUUCAUGGGUAUUAAUUUAUCAUAAGUAGCCUUGUCAUUACUCCCUUAUAUGAAGCCUUAACAGAAUAACAAUGAAACAAUUAUAGUUGAAUAAAAGCAAUUCAAAGAUAAAAAAAGUAUGUAAAAAUAAAGAUUACUUAUUCCAAUGAAUUAUGAUUCACUUAUGAUCAUUUUGGAUGACCCUUUUUAUAAAGAAUAUUUAUCAGAAGAAAUGAUAAAUUUUAUGAAAAAAAAGUUGAUAUCUAGUAUGAAAAGAUAAGUUAUAGAAUUAAAAUCAGAGAAUUUUUUAUAAAAGAUCGAUAGAUUAGAAUAAGAUUUAAGAAAAUAGGUAAAUUUAGAAGAAUUGGAAAAUCAAGUGUAACUAGGAGUUGUUAAUAGUAUUUUUAGUAUUUUGAAUAACUAAAACGAUAAAGGAAAUGAUUUAGAUCCUGAAAUAAAAGAUAUUUUAUAAAUGAUGGAAAUUGAAAAGCCUGAUAUAAUUCAGGAUGAUAUAUAUUAAGAAGCUAAAAAAAUGUUUUCAUGA